GCCUCGAGGAGCUCAUUCAGCGCUCCAGGUAUCCGGCCUGGGCUCGAGAUCAGAACUGUUUGGAUUUAACAGUCCGUGGACGGCCAGAGACUGAGAGUCCGGUGACCAGGCUGUGGUCUAGUAUAAAGGCGGGUCCCAGAAGAAGGGGCAGGGCGUGGGAGAAGCCUCCCGGCCCGCCCCGCAAUGUGGCACCCGCUAGUCCUGUUGUUGCUGCUCCCCUCUGCCUCGGUGCCCCCCUCCACUGCAGCCCCGAUCCGCGAUGGUGACGCCCAGGAGAGCUCCUCGGGUUUUCUAGGUCUCCAGAGUCUACUCCAAGCCUUCACCCGGCUUUUCCUGAAACCCCAGGAUGACCUGAUGCGGAGCAUGGACAGCUUCUUCUCUGCUCCUUUGGACUUCCGGGGCCUCCCUAGGAACUACCACCAAGAAGAGAACCAGAAGCACAGGCUGGGAAACAAAACUCUCUCCAGCCACCUCCAGAUUGACAAGGUGACCAACAACAAGACAGGAGAGGUGCUGAUCUCUGAGAAGGUGGUGGCAUCCAUCGAGCCAGGAGAGGGGAGCUUACAGGGUGACUGGAAGGUACCCAAGAUAGAGGAGAAGGAGGCCCUGGUGCCUGUCCCAAAGGCCAUGGACAGCUUCCACCCGGAACCCCACCCCCGAAUGGUCUUCUGGAUCAUGAAGCUGCCACGGCGGAGGUCCCACCAGGAUGCCCAGGAGAGCGACCACUGGCUCAGUGAGAAGCAACACCGCCUGCAGGCCAUCCGGGAUGGGCUCCGAGAGGGGACCCGUGAGGACAUCCUCGAACAGGGGACCCAGAGCUCCUCUCAUGCCAGGCUGCCUGCCCGCAAGACCCACUUCCUGUAUAUCCUCAGGCCCUCCCAGCAGUUAUAGUGGGGGGACUGGGGAACACCUGCAUGUACCCCCCCACCAGACCCCACCCCAGGCACCAUAUGGAAAUUAAACUUUUUCUUACAUCCAGCA